CAGAUUUUGAGUGGAAAUCUGAGGAAUUUUUUAGUGCAACAGAUAGUGAUGAAGAGGUUAAUGACAGUGAAGGUUAUGGGAGGUUUGGUAUUUUUUGUAUGCCAAAAAGUAUGGUAGACUUUACAUGGGAAGUUGGGACUUUUUUUGCAGAAAAGCAAGAUAUUUUAGAUGCUGUAAAAGGGUAUGCCUUGGAAAAUGGGAGGAAUAUAAAGUUUGUAAAAAAUGACAAGAGAAGAUUGAGGAUGAAGUGCUUUGGUGCAAAAGGAGAAUGCCCAUGGACCAUAUACUUUGGUUAUAUGGAGGCUGUAAAAUCAUGGCAGCUGAGAACUAAAAAAGACAUUCAUACAUGCAGCAGGGAGUUCAACCUGAAGUUAGUUGACGCCAAGUGGUUGAGCAAAAAGUUGGUGAAAACAGUUCAGGAAAAUCCUAAGAUGAAGGGUGUUGAUAUUCGUGAAAAAGUUCAAAGGAAGUGGAACAUAGGUAUAUCAAGGUCUAUGGCUUAUAGAGCCAAAGCUAUUGCUUCUAAUGAAAUUGAUGGGUCCUUUAAUGAACAAUAUAAGAGGAUAUAUGAUUAUGCGCAUGAGUUGUUGGAAAGAAAUCCAGGAUCUACAGUUAAGGUCCAUGUUGAGAAUAAUGAGGGUGAGUUAAUUUUCAAGAGAUUUUACUGUUGUCUGAAGGCAUGCAAAGACAGUUUUGUCUGCUGUAGGCCAAUAAUUGGAUUAGAUGGAGCCUUUUUGAAAGGGAAGUAUGGUGGUGAGCUGUUGACGGCUGUUGGGAGGGAUGGAAAUGAUCAAAUGUUGCCCAUUGCAUAUGCGGUGGUAGAAGUCGAAAACAAAGAUUCAUGGAUGUGGUUUUUGGAACUUUUGAUUGAUGAUCUUGGUGGUGGAGAAGUGUGUUCUUCAAUUACUUUUGUCUCCGACCAACAAAAGGGUCUACUACCAGCCAUACAACAGUUACUCCCAGGUGUUGACCAGAGAUUUUGUGUCAGACACUUAUAUUCAAACUUUAGGAAAAAGUUUCCUGGUAAAAAUCUGAAACAGCUGAUGUGGAGGGCAGCUACUGCCACUCAUCCACAAAACUGGGAAAGGGAGAUGAGAAACAUUAAAGAUAUAAAUGAAGACGCAUUCAAGCAUUCGAUUGCCAUCCCUCCAAGAUAUUGGUCAAGGUCCAGAUUCAGUCCAACACCAAAAUGUGACACAUUGGUCAACAAUAUCAGUGAGGCUUUCAACAGUGUCUUGGUUCACACCAGGACUAAACCAAUCAUAACAAUGCUGGAAGAAAUUAGGGUAUACAUAAUGCAAAGAUGGGCAAAAAACAGGUCUAAGAUACAAUCAUUUUCAGGACCAAUUUGUCCAAAGAUCCAGGCCAGAUUUACAAAGGAAUCCCAAGCAACCAAGAAUUGGAUACCUAGGAGAUGGAGCAUCACAGGAAUUCCAUGUUGUCACUCCCUUGCCGCAAUGAAGUUUCUUAAUAUUGAUGGCCAGCAGUUCAUUCCGGCUUGCUUUCUAAAGUCCACCUAUGAAGAAACCUAUGCAUCAAUCGUAUAUCCCAUCAACGGCAACAACAUGUGGGACCUAACACCAUAUCCGGAUGUCAUGCCUCCUAGGAAAAAGGUUAUGUCUGGAAGACCUAAAAGGAAAAGAAGACUCGAGCAGUGGGAGAUCAGAAAGGAUGAUUCACGAGUGAGCAAGGGUGGUUUGCGGAAGAGAUGCGGGAUAUGUAGGGAGGUUGGGCACAAUAGGAGUCGUUGCCCGAAAGCAACCGAAGAACCAAUCAUGCCAUCAUCGCAAUUAUCUGAAGUGUGUAUGAAUGAUGAGGAAGCUGAACUAUAA